CCAAUCUCCACGUCUAGCCCGCGGUCGACCGACUCCCGUCGUGUCGAAUCCCGAGCGUAUUCCAAGUUGCCGGCAAUGGCCUCAUCCAAAGUACGCUGCCGCCCUCGGGGAUCGACCCGAGUCACCUGGUCCUGCCCUGCCUUGACUUGAUGCCGUGCCAUGCCAGCUUGCUCCCACCCACGAAAGGCCCAGAUGUGCUGAUACCCCUUCUCCUUUUCAGGAAAUGCAGCAGUCCUCGAGGCCAUUGACGCAACACCGUUCCCCGAUGUCGAGUGCCUCGUCGGGCCUGACCGGCCGUCAACCCCACGCUCGAGCCAGCUCCCACUCCCUCCUCACAGGUGCCCUCAAUGCCAACCACCGAGUGACUCGCCGCAAGUCCGUCACCAACCCGGGGUCCAACGUGGCAGCCCUGGCCGCCGCCAUCCGAGAGGGUGAACGGUCUGCUGCCAUGCCCAUUGCUCACGGUCGCCGAAUGUCCAAGAGCGCCGCUGCCCGGGCUGCCAUCGUGGGCAGCCUCCCCUCUCCGCCAGCGAGCCUACCGUCCCACAAGUCGAUUGUCGAUGUGAAGCGAGGACUCAACGGGAGUGCCAUCGAUGACGAUCCGAACGACGUCUCGGCCGACGAGGGAACCACCAAGUUCCAGAAGGCUCGCACAAGACGUGCUAGCGACGGCCAGCCCCUUUCCAAGGAUGGCAAGAAGAGCAACAGAGCGGAGGUUCGCUGCGAUAAGUGUGGCAAGGGCUACAAGCAUAGCAGCUGUUUGACCAAGCAUCUGUGGGAGCACACUCCCGAAUGGUCCUUCACCUCGAAGCUGCUCAUCUCCAAGCACCAACAAGUGCAGCUGCUGGAGGCCGCAUCCGUUUUGGUUGCCAUGAACGGGAUUGCCGAGUCGACGACUCCUCCUGACUCCGCCAAGGACUUCCCUAGCGAAGGCGAAUCCUCGUCGCCGGCGGCGUCGGGAUACUCGGACCUUGCCGAACGCCAGAGCUCGGCAGACACGACCCCACCCCCGGCCGGGGAAGGACUCAACGUCAAUGGCACUUCGUACCGGAACAAGCGGUUCAGCAGCGGUGGCUUCUCCCGGAGCUACCAGUCUGCUCCAUCCGCCGGCUCAUUUGGCACUGGUAGUGCCCCGCACGGCUCGGGCUUCGGACACUUCCGUCAGCCCAGCAAUGACUUUCGACCACCGUCCUCUGGACGCAACGCGACUGGCCAGGACGACAGAGACCUGGCCGCGGCGGUUGAGCUGCUCAGCUGCAGCUUUGGUAGCAACAAUGGUUCUCGGACUGUGACACUCCCAUCCGAUGCGCCUCCCGUUCCACCACUGCCCGCGCAGUACCUUGACCAAGCCACUCCAUUGUCUGUGGCUGGUUUCAUCAACAGCUACCCGAGCCGACAGCCUGAGAGCUUCACGCGUGGGGAGAUGCGACGACCCAGCGAGGACGUCAGAAUGGAAGAGAGCGGCGAGUCUGUAAUGGACGACGAUGAUUUUGACAUGCGCUCUCGUGGCCGCAGCGAAGAAGAGGACGACGGAGUUUUUGGACGCAUGGAGGAAUAAUUGGUUGACAGCACCAUCAAUACCGGGUUUAUAUAACGAUUGGGACGGAGUAUCUCUUGGGUCGGGCAAGUUGACUCUGGAGUUGGAUUUUAUUGGAUGACGUCGAAGGACAGGCGCGUUGUCUCUUUUGUAUCACGAUAUACUGUGACUGUAUGAGGUGGUUCAGCUCCGCCGCCGAUCUUCAGCACCGAAGAGUGGAGGGCCCGUCUACGUCGCCCAUCUUGGGGUUUGACGUCACAGACGAGAUUGCAUCGCCACGAGGUUAAAGUGAAGAUCCGGAGAGGCGUCGAGCGGACGCCCGAAUAAAUACCUACCAAAUGGCAAGGAAAUUAUGAUGAACGAACAUGAUUCUGACGUGAAACACGAGAUCCCGUGGAUGCAAAUACGGACGAGGAGAGGAUGACGAUGAAGCGUGAAAGCAAACACGACUGAGAAGGGUAAAUGACGAGCUCAUGGCGGC